AUGUUUCAUGGGGAAAUUGGAUGUCUGAUAGCAGGCAAGUUCAUUGGCUCUCGUCGCGGUGGAAGUACUACAUUUAGUAGGACGUCCUUCGCGCUUUGCGUUGCAUCCACCACAACACUUCAUCUGCGCAAAAGAAGCAACAAGUUUGACAAUCAUGAUGUCCUCAUCUCUGCGUGUCCUAUCGAUUUUUUGCUCUGUGCUUCCAUUCAUCAUCGAGGCCAACAACAACACAACAACAACAACAAUAACCCGGUCAGGCAAUGGGCGAGGAAUCACGACAUUGACGUGGAUAACACCGUCCAUGAAACGAUCUUUUGGAUCAUUAUCGCAUCCGUUGUCAUUUGCUUUUGCACUUGCUGCUAUCGCUGCCUUUGUUGGGAGCAACGCCCCUCGUAUCAGGUCAUUCAGACGCAUCAUCACGUCUAUCACAACAAUGCCGCCCCAAGCACUACUAUGAGUACCGAUAUUGGUAGUAUUAGCCAAGAAGCAAGCGCACCUCUGGCAGAAGUGGUGGAGCAGCCUAAGCAGAACGAUUACGGUUCCAUUCCAGUGGCCGUCCCAAGUGACAUCGAGCCAGUAGCGCCUCCUCCGUCUCAGAAUCCCAGCUUUCGAGCUUAGCUGCAUGAGGCAUGAGUUGCUUCCAGUCAGAACAUCAUUGUACAUCGCAUACUACCGGUAUAACGAAAAGAUUUUGCAUUUUGUAUUCCAAUUUCCAUCGAAAGUCCCUCUGUCGUACGCGUUCUUCAAAGCAAGUACAUGCAUGUAUCCUCCCUGUUCACCACCCCAAAUUAGCAAAGGUGGAUACCUCGCUCCCUCGUUUUUUUUAGGUGGAGCUGAUCUUGUCUCACUUACUUGGUACUUGUGGAUCCUGAUGCUGCCUUUUGGAAUGGCAAGUCCUUGAGAGCGAGGAGCCCAGGCUUUUUCGAACCCAUUGCUUCCACAGCUACGGUACAGUAGCACCCUGUGCAGGGCACCAUAGCAUGCCAGGCACCAAGAAGACGGGGCAACGCAGCCUAACUAACAAGGUGAAUCAAGAACUGCCAAGGAAUGAUCAGCCAACUGGGGAGGCUUGUGAACCCUGGAGAGUGGAGAGUGACGACCCCACUAAAGGACCAAUGUAUCUGCUGGUAAAAUAAAUGCCGUGGCAAGUGGGGACUGCUCAAGCAGGAGCUGUCUAACUAUGAAGCAGUGUCUGUCUGUCUUUCUUUCUAGCUAGCUAGCU